GUUAGCAUCGCAUGUCCGUGGCGGAUAACUCAAAGAAUAAUUUACGAAAAAUUUGUUCACGUCGCAACGUAACGCGUAAAAUUUGCAUCUAUCUAUCUCACUCUCUCGCGCCUGUGGUGUGGUAUCCUUUCACAACAAAUUUUGUUAGCUGUUCAAGCUAAUUGCGAAAACGAGUUGCUUCCAAAAAGAAAGAAGAGAAAAAAAAGAAAGUACGGCGGAAAAAGCGAAAAGUUGGUGGCACUCAUUAGCGGAACCUUUUGACAGGAUAUAAACCAGCAACAACUACAGUAAAACUCAUUAAAAAAAACAAAAGCCAGUAGAAAAAAUUUCGGUGACUAUGUUUCAUGUGUUGUUGCAGUUGUUAUUCUCGACUGGCAGACAUGUUAAAUAUGUACAAUAAAUACAAGAAACAACAAGGCAAACAUAAUUAAUUGCUCUGCUCUGAGUGUCCUCACUGAUUGUGAGUGUCCUGACUGAUUGCAAUUGAUUCCCGUGUCCCCCGUCUUGUAACCCAUAAGCCAGGGCGAGGAGGAGUGCACGUGUGUGUGAGAGAGUGUUAUUUGUGUUAAAUAAAAAUCAAAAUUAAUUGCAUUUCAAGCAUAUUUAAAUACGCAUUAAAACCCAAACCCGAAAAACCCCUUAAACGAAUUGAGUUCGAGUUAAAUCUCUCUCUCUCUCUGUCUCCAUCUGUAUCUCGAUGUACUCAAUGGUUUUGCGGCAACGAAUUGUUGCAAAAUAGACAACAAUUUUCCCUUAAUUUUUCUUUCAUUUUUUGGUUUUUUUUUUCAAUACUAACAACAACAACAACAAGAACUGUGCGCGCAAUUUCCGUUUACCGUUUCCGUCGAGCGACAUCCGUGUCCGGCCAACAACAACCCGAAUAAAAAAACAAGUAAAGUGUACGCACAACAUUUAAUUUGCCUUCUAGCCAAAAGAGUUUAAAUAAGAGAUACCAAAAGAAUUAUAAUAACAAUUUAAAAAGGGCUUAAAACGUUUUAAACACCAAACAAUUUGGUUAAUCUAAUUGACAAGUGAAUGAAUAUAAAUACAAAACGUCUCUUUAUGAAUAAAAGAUACGCAAAAUAUUUAAGUAUCUUCAAAUCCAACGCAAUACAAUAAGUAACCUUAAAAGAUACAAAAGGCGGAGAUAAAAUAUAAUACAAUAUUUCCUUAGUCCAUAAAAGUUCUUGAAUCUGAAAACGUUAAAAAAGAAGUAUACGACAAGAAUCAAAAUAAAAAUACAUAUAUAAAUAACUAUACUUGAGUACAAAAAGACUACUCUGGGCAAGAGAAAAAUACUUGAACAAAACAAAGUAAUUUUGGUUCGCAAAGUGUAGCCUACUUUAAGGCAGCGUAUCCUGUUUAUAUAUGGUACAACAUAAAAGGAAAUAAUUUGCAGUUAACCAGCAAAAAUUUCGCACAUUCAUUUGUUUUUUUGGAAAGCGGCUGGCUAGCAGACACAUGUACCAAUUGAAAGCUGAGUUACAGCGGCUGCUUUAAGAUAAAUCCAAUCCACAACAAUUCCUGGGAUAAGUGAUGAAGUCAUGAGACCGACAUUUGAUCGACGCCUCUGGAUAUUAUUGUUCAUUAUUUUAGUACAAUGCACCACCUACACACAACCACAAAAUAUCAAUGCCAAGUCAACAGCGGGACAGCAAUUGAAGCAAUCGAAGCCUGCCAAAAAAUGGCUAACCAGCAUAUCAGAGCAAUACCAAGAGCAAACGGAAGUAUUUGGUCAACAGCAUUUGAAACUGGACGGCCACACAGUUGACCAUCAUAGAGCUAAGGCCAACAAAUUUAAAAAGUUUCAUCCGAAAAAUGCUGGCGGAAGUAAAUCCAGUCCGUAUCAUCAAGCACAUCGUGCUGUGCGGAGACGUCAGCGUCGCGAAACAGAAGAGGACGAUGGCAGAAUUAGUAGUUCCACAUCGACAGCAAUUGCAACGACUGCGUUGCAGGUUACUAGUUCUAGUUCCAGUCCCCGGGCUAGUCCAGUCUAUGUGAAUAAUUCAACAUUAUCAGCAGCUCCAAAGCUAAUGGUAAUACCGAAAAGAGCACGCUCCACAUCCAUUCAUUUGGCUCCCGAGGAUCUCAAGCCCAAGCCCAAAGAGCCAGUAAUUAUUAUAGAUGAUGUGGAGGAGUUUGAUAGUGGCACUGCCACAAGAGAUCUCUUUCCACGCAAGAGUCGCGAAGACGAUGUGGAUGAUGAUGAUGACACCGUAGAGGCGCCUAGAGUUCUGCCAUUGCGCCCAGUGCCUCCUAAUCCCUAUGAGGCUGAGGAAAUGUCUGUGGUCUAUGCGGAACAGCAUUCGGAAAUAAGGCUGAUGUGUGAAGUGGAUUUGGAUAUAGCCACCAGCAUGUGGUAUAAGAAUGGCCAGGUGGUUCAUGCCAUGGAUCGGACCGCCCGAGUCACCGACUAUCGCUUCAUCAAGGAGGCUAAUGGUGCGCUAACCAUCACCAAUGUCAUGCUCGAGGAUGAUGGCAAAUGGCAAUGUGAGGCAGAGAACACUCGUCGCUACACUGAGAAUGCCCGACCAGUUAAGCUGGUUGUCCUGGAUCGUCCCAAGCCGCCAUAUCUACUGAUUGAUUCACGUCGCUUGGAUGCUGGCAAUAUAUUUGUGCCCGUCAAGGAGAACUCGGAGCUGAAUCUGGCCUGUGUGAGCGAAGGUGGAAAUCCUAGACCCACUCUCACAUGGGAGGUUUUACUCAGUCCAGGCGUGGAUCGCCAUGCCCAAAAAGUUUCAGCCGAAGUCCUGGAAUUGGAGGAAAUUAAAAGCAAUGAGAAGGAUAAAAAUGGCUAUAAAAUCAACAGUGGAGCAAAAAGUGAGGCACGUCUAUCGGCUGUUUAUAGAGCCCAUCACAAUGCCCGAAUUUUGUGCGUAAUGGAACAUCCCACGCUCAAGAUACGACAAAAUGCUUCACUUCUAUUGGAUGUUCAAUACACGCCCUCAUUUGCCAUCUCUCGUACACCUGGUUUUGGUUAUCCACUACGCGAGGGCAUCGAAGUUAGUCUCAGAUGCGACGUUGACUCGAAUCCACCGAGUACACCCCGCUGGCAGAAGGACGAUGGUGACACGCCGGUGCCUCAAAGUGGCGAUGGUUUCCUUAACUUCACCUCAAUACGGCGUGAACAUUCCGGCUGGUACAAGUGCACAUCCCGUCAUCUAAACUUUCAAUAUUCCUCGAUUGGCUAUUACCUGAGUGUGCGAUAUGACUCGGUGGAUGUCACAUCGGAGCCCGAUGAUCAGGAUGUGUCGGUGGCAGCUGCCUCACAUAAUCCCAAUAAGGGACAACUGGAAGUGCAAUUGGGCGGAGCUGUUACCCUGCAAUGUCCUCAAGGCUCCCUGGGCUGCUGGUCCCAUUUGGAUCCAAUUUCGGCGCGUCUGCGUGGCCUUGGCUAUGGCAGCUCUCAGCCGACUGGACAAUUCUCGCUGAAGGAUGUGAUGUAUCAGGAUGCGGGCAUUUACAAGUGUGUGGGUCAAUCGUUGGCCAACAAAAAGAAACUGGAAGUUCUACAAAGUGUGACAGUGUCGGUUAAAGGUGCUCCCACUGUGAUGGCACUGAAUGCCACACCUGUGGCCUACCCCGGUUCACCUUUACAUCUCAAUGUGGAAUUCUGUGCCAAUCCCCCGGCACAUGCAGCACGCUGGCUACAUGGUGAUCGUGUCUUUACCCCGGGCAAUCAAUAUGGCAGCACAGUACUGGCCUAUUCCGUCAAGGAUCUGCCCACACCAUAUUGCAAGGAGGCUCGUCUUACCUAUGUUAGUAUGCAUGAGCGUGUGCCGCGCACUUUUUACUUCAUUGUCUCAACGCCUGGAGGCGUGGCCGAGGCUGUUUUUCAUGUGAAUUUCACAAAACGCCAUCGACCCAUGUCGAAUGCCAUCGAUGACGAUGAGGAGGAGGAACUGAAUCGACCAGAACAAAUACAUUUCCCAGUUUUUAGCAAUAAUACGGCAACCAAUUUGUGCAACUCAUUGGUCCUGACCUUGGUCAUCCUGAGCAUACUGAGUUGCCAUUGAGUUGGGCGAUGAACAAUUUAAGAGAGAGUGUGUGAGUGAACUGAAUGAAUGAGCGAUUGAAGUGCAGUUAGUAUCUACUAUCAACUAUUACUACAAAAACUACAACUAUUUCUAUAUAACCCUCCCCCGUUUAACAUACAAAACCAAUCCCCCCUUAACCACAUGAGAUUAUGCUAUCCAAAAACUACUAUUUACUCUACUCGACCUAUACCAAGUAAACUUAGCUCUAUAUAUAUAUAUAUAUAUUUAUAUGUAUGUGUGUGUUGUAUUUGUAAUCAAAUUUAGCCUAGCAUCAAAAAUGAAAAUGAAAAAUUCAAGAAAAAAGGCCUAACCCACAAGUACAUACAUAGUAUAAUCCCCGCCCCAAAUAUAGAUAACUAUACACAUAUAUCCACACACAAACACCCACACACACACACACGCACACAU